GGCUGCAUCCGCCCUCUCCCAGAGUGACCUGCGCGUGGUCACGUGAGCGCGGCCCAGCGGCGAUGGCGGCUCCCUGGCUGUUGCUCCUGCUGCUGGCAGCGCCGGGCGCGGUCCAGGGGAGUGGCUGUCGGGCCGGAGCUCGGGGGGCUGCAGCAGAAGGCUGUGGGCCCACGGGGCUACUGCUGGAGCACUCCUUUGAGACUGAUGACAACGUCCACUUCCGGAAACGGGGCUCCCUGACGUGGAAUGUGCAGGAUGGGACGAUCACCCUGACCCAGAGGCAGCUGACAGAGGAUGAGCGGGGCAGGCUUCGGGAUGUGGCAGCUCUGAAUGGCCUGUACCGAGUCAGGGUUCCCCGGAAGCCAGGGGCUGUCGAGGGCCUGGUGGCGGCUGGCCAUGUCUCCUCCUUUGUCCCCGCGUGCUCCUUGGUGGAGUCCCACCUCUCCGACCGGCUGACCUUGCACGUGGACGUGGCUGGCAACGUGGUGGGCCUGUCGGUGGUGACGGAGCCUGGGGGCUGCCGGGGCCACGAGGUGGAAGAUGUGGACUUGGAGCUGUUCAACACCACAGUCCAGCUGCAGCCGCCACUCACUGCCCCCGGCCCAGAGACGGCCGCCUUCAUUGAGCGUCUAGAGAUGGAACAAGCCCAGAAGGCCAAGAACCCCCAGGAGCAGAAGUCCUUCUUUGCCAAAUAUUGGCACCUCAUCCUGGGGGGCGCCGUGUUUCUUACUGCCAUGCGUCCGGCCCGGGGCCCAGCACCAUCGUCUGAGGCUUGAGUGAGGACCCAAUGGAUGUACAUCGUUCCCAUUGUCCUGUUCCUCAUGAUGUCUGGAGCACCUGAUGCUGGUGGCCAGGGAGGGGGUGGGGGCGGCG